AUGCAUUUGUGGAAGAAACUCGCUUUGGCUGCGCUCCCAUCGACAUUCCACGCUGCGCUUAGCCAGCACGUGGUGGAUCUCAGCGGCGAUGGCUGGACCGUCAGCAGUAAAGCGCUGAACAUGUCGGCUCCGGGUCAUCUACCUUCACAGGUACAUUUGGAUCUCUAUGCCGCUAAUGUCAUUGAUGACCCGUAUUACGGUCUCAAUGAUUUCAACUUACGUUGGAUUCCUGACAACAACUGGACCUAUACAAGCGAGCCGCUCAAAGGGUUGUCUGGAAAAGCAAAAUCCUCUUGGCUUGUCUUUAACGGCCUGGACACAUUUACCACAAUUGAGUUUUGUGGCCAAUUCAUUGGUACCACGGAUAAUCAGUUCCGUCAGUAUACCUUUGACAUUUCCAAGGCACUCAGCAGCUGCAAGGGUGACCCUACUCUGGCCAUCAACUUUGGCAGUGCCCCCAAGAUUGCCAAUGCCAUCGCCGAAGAUCCGAACUCAGAGAAAUGGCCUUAUGGUCCUCAACAGAUCUACGAGUUUCCUAACCGUUGGUAUAUCCGGAAAGAACAAUCUGACUUUGGUUGGGAUUGGGGUCCAGCGUUUGCCCCAGCUGGCCCAUGGCAAGAUGCUUACCUCGUGCAAUUUGAAUGCAAAGAGAGCGUCAACAUUCUGAACACCGAUUUGGACAUCUUCCGCAAGGGACAAAUCAAUCACCUUCCACCCGACCAAAGCCAACCGUGGGUGGUCAACGCCAGUAUUGAUUUCCUUGGAUCUCUGCCGGCUAAAUCCUCCAUGAACAUUGAGGUGAAGGAUGUUGAGACUGGCAAGAUCCUUAAAUCGGGCCCUCUCGAGAAUGUUGCCACCACUGGACAAGCCAUUACCGGCAGUAUCACCAUUGAUGCGGAUGCCCCGAAUCUCUGGUGGCCGAAUGGGAUGGGCAAGCAGAGCUUGUAUAAUGUGACUGUUACCAUUCAGGACAGCGAGAAACAGGGGUUGGCCAGUGUCACCAAGCGUUCUGGAUUCCGAACCAUCUUCCUCAAUCGACUCAAUAUCACGGAGGAUCAGCUGGCCCAGGGCAUUGCGCCCGGCGCUAACUGGCACUUUGAGGUCAACGGCAAGGAGUUCUAUGCAAAGGGGUCCAAUUUCAUCCCCCCGGAUGCAUUCUGGCCCCGGGUUACUGAAGCUAGGAUGCAGCGACUAUUCACCGCUGUUAAGGCUGGAAACCAAAACAUGCUCCGGGUGUGGGCUUCCGGUGCCUAUCUUCCUGGUUUCAUUUACGACAUUGCCGAUGAAUACGGUAUUCUGCUUUGGAGUGAAUUCCAGUUCAGUGAUGCACUCUACCCAAGUGACGAGAAAUUCCUCGAAAAUGUUGCCGCUGAAGUUGUCUACAACGUGAGACGUGUCAACCACCAUCCGUCGUUGGCGCUGUGGGCUGGUGGUAACGAAAUCGAGAGCUUGGAGUUACCUCUUGUUCAAGAAGCGGCUCCAGAUCGAUACUCAUUCUAUGUUGGCGAAUAUGAGAAGCUUUUCAUCAGCCUGAUUCUGCCUCUUGUGUAUGAGAACACUCGGUCGAUCUCCUACAUGCCCAGCAGCACCAACAACGGGUACCUCUGGGUCAACAUGUCGGCUCCGGUCCCCAUGGCCGAGCGCUACAACAACAUCACCGCUGGCGAGUUCUAUUCCGAUACCGACUACUACAACUACGACAGCAGUAUGGCAUUUGACUAUGGCAGCUAUCCCGUUGGCCGUUUUGCGAACGAGUUCGGAUACCAUAGCAUGCCCAGUCUCCAGACUUGGGAGCAGGCUGUCGACAAGGAUGAACUUCACUUCAAUAGCAGCACUGUCAUGCUCCGAAACCACCACUACCCGGCCGGUGGCACCGAGACCCGCAACUUCAAAAAUUCAUCCAUGGGCAUGGCUGAGAUGACUAUCGCCGUUGAACGCUACUACCCUAUCCCCAACAAGGAUGACUCGGUUGCAAACUUCAGCGCAUGGUGUCACGCCACGCAGUUGUUCCAGGCCGAUAUGUACAAGUCUGAAAUCCAGUUCUACCGCCGUGGCAGUGGAAUGCCGGAACGACAGCUUGGCUCUCUGUACUGGCAGCUCGAAGAUAUCUGGCAGGCUCCAACCUGGGCCGGUAUCGAGUAUGACGGCCGCUGGAAGGUCCUUCACUAUGUUGCUCGCGAUAUUUACCAACCUAUUAUUGUCUCUCCUUUCUGGAACUACACCACCGGUGACCUUUCGGUCUAUGUGACCUCCGAUCUCUGGGAUACCGCUAGUGGCUCGGUGGACCUCGCCUGGGUCGAUUUGUCCGGAAAGCCCCUUCCUGGUAACGCCGGCACUCCCCAGACGCAGCACUUCACCGUUGGUGGUCUCAAUACCACCGAGAUUUACUCGGCGAAGAUCUCAGAUCUGUCUCUUCAUGACAGAAAGAACGCUGUUCUGGUCUUGUCGCUCAGUGCACAGGGCAGCCUUCCGAACUCCGAGUGCGGAUCUCUCACCACCUUCACCCACCGUAGCCAGGUCGCUACCGAGUUCCCAAACCGCCUCGCUCUUGUCGAUCCGGAAGUCCAGGUUACGCACGACGAGAAGACUGGUACUUUCACCGUGGAAGCCAAGAAGGGUGUCUCGCUCUACACUUGGCUCGAUUACCCGUCCGGUGUCGUCGGCUAUUUUGAUGACAAUGCGUUUACCUUGCUUCCUGGAGAGAAGAAGACUGUUAAUUUCACUGUUCAAAAGGAUGAAACAGAUGGCAAGUGGGCCAAGGGCGUCACCAUUCAGAGUCUCUGGGAUCAAACAACAAGAGACUAA